AUGCCCAUCAACCAACCCUCCAACCAAAUAAAAUUCACCAACGUCUCCAUCGUCAGGCUAAAAAAAGGCAAGAAACGCUUCGAACUAGCAUGCUACAAGAACAAACUCCUCGAGUACCGCUCCGGCGCGGAAAAAGACCUCGACAAUGUCCUCCAAGUCCCCACCAUCUUUCUCUCCGUCUCCAAAGCCCAGACCGCGCCCUCCGCAGAACUAACAAAGGCCUUUGGCGCCGACACGCCCGCCGACGAAAUCCGACAAGAGAUCCUACGCAAGGGCGAAGUGCAGGUUGGCGAGCGCGAACGCAAGGAGAUCGCUGAGCGCGUCGAGAAGGAGGUGCUGGAUAUUGUUUCGGGCCGGCUGGUUGACCCGACGACGAAGAGGGUGUAUACGCCUGGAAUGAUUUCAAAGGCGCUGGAUCAGUUAAGUGCGGCGAGCGGACAGUUACAGCAGCAGCAGCAACAGCAAGCGGCGGACAGUGCUGAGGCAGAUGGGGACGGUGCGAAUGCCGGGGCAGCGGCACAACCGCGGAAACCGUUAUGGACGGGUGUGAACCCGAAUAAAUCGGCGAAGAGUCAGGCUCUGGAGGCGAUGAAGGCGCUGAUUGCGUGGCAGCCGAUUCCGGUUAUGCGCGCGCGGAUGAGGCUCAGGGUGACGUGCCCUGUUUCGCUCUUGAAGCAGAGUGUCAAGUCUGCGGCACCGGCAGGGUCGACCAAGGAGAAAGAGAUGCCGUCCGGGGGUGGUUCUAAGAACAACAAGAAGGGUGGAAAGGGCAAAGGCAAGUCGGCUCGACAACAUGACUCUGAUUCUGAAGACGAGGGCGCACCGGCGCAGCCCAAGGGCCCGAGUAACGUCAAGGAUAAGAUCUUGAGCUAUAUCGAGUCGGUCGAGUCACAAGAGAAUGCAGGAAGUGACGAAUGGGAGGUUGUGGGCUUUGCCGAGCCAGGUGCCUUCAAGGGUCUAAAUGAGUUUGUUGGCAACGAGACGCGCGGGAGAGGACGGGUGGAGGUUCUGGAUAUGGCGGUUACUCAUGAGGACUAG